ACCCAGUGUACUUGCGACAUUGAUGUACUUCCUCAGAUUUAUACAAGUGCAGUUUCAAUGCCUUUGACAGUAAACUGAAUUCUUAGAGCAUUUUAUUUUUAUGCUUAAAAGCUUUUAGUACCUUACUAAAGUUCAGUUAAUUUAGUAAUUCUAUUCAACUGUGUAUAAAUCAGACUUAGUCCUAAAACAUUACAUUUUGUAAGAGCCAUCUGUUGCUUUCUCCUUACCAUGAACCUACUUUUUUUUUUUUUUUAAUUCAAACACACUUCAUGGUAAUUCAGGGUCUGAUCCUGCAGGAAGCUGAGGGACUCCAGAGACAUCCUGAGUCCUUUCAACACCCUUUGAUUUCCACUGACGACACUCAGUAGCAUGGAAGAAACAGGCAGCAUAUUACAGUUGUUUUCUCUUCAAUUUACACUGCUGGGCAGAUCUGCAGCUGUCCAGGAAACACAUAAGAAAAGUGGCUGCCUGUUAUAAUUGGGCUAGAAGAUGAACUCAGCUGAAUUCAAUGAUGAUGAUGAAGUUAAAAUUAUAAAAAACAAUCUUGUGAAAGUAGAAACAGAAAAUGAAGAUGAAGCACUAGACUGCUCCGUGACAUCCAGAUCUCCUGAGAAACACUCACUGGAUGGCUCAGUUACUUGCCUACAGGAUUCUAACAAACGGAAACAGACCUCACUUGGUUGUGAUGGUUCAGGGAGCCAGCAAGAGAUUUUACCCAGUGUGAAGAAAAGACGCUUUACUCAAGAGGGCCUCGUUUCAAACAUGAAGAACCGAGAUAUUGGGUCACCCACUCAGGUAAACGUAGAGCAGCCUAACAAGAACAAGAAUCCCAAUAUAACAUGGCUGUGUGAAGAAGAACCCUUCAAUGACGUGACCACUCCAUCCUAUAAGAAACCUCUGUAUGGCAUCUCACACAAAAUUACAGAGAAGAAGAGCACACCAGGGGCAGAGCAGUUUUCUUCUUAUGAGCUAUUUGAAAAGGUCAAUCCAAGCAGCCCCUCCCAUCUGCGGAAUUUGAGUGAUCAACGCAAAAGGGAUUCUGCUGCUACCAUCGCUGUUACAGCUUCCACCGCAGAUUCUGAUCCAAACAUAUAUUCUUUGAUACAGAAAAUGUUUUACACCCUCAACACCCUGAAUUCCAAUAUGUCUCAGCUUCACAGCAAGGUUGACCUGUUGUCUCUUGAGGUCAGCAGAAUUAAAAAGCAUGUCAGCCCAACAGAGUCUGUAGCAGAGUUCAGGCCUCCCCCCGAGUACCAGCUAACCGCUGCAGAACUCAAACAGAUCAUGGAUCAGAGCACAUCAGGUGGAGAUUUGGCUUGCCGGUUACUAGUUCAGCUUUUCCCAGAGCUCUUCAGCGAUGAUGAGUUCAACAGGAGCUGCAGCACAUGUGGCUUCCUUAACAAAAAGAAGCUUGAAUCGCUUCAUCUGCAGCUUAUCCGAAACUAUGUGGAAGUUUGUUAUCCUUCUGUGAAGAAUAAUGCUGUGUGGCAGGUGGAGUGUUUGCCCCAAGUUAAUGACUUUUUCAGUAGAUUUUGGGCACAAAGAGAAAUGGAAAAUAGUCAGCAAAGUGUGCAGUCAUCCAGUUUUUAUGAGUCUGAACAGGUAGAGUCCUCUCAUUUCAUUGAGGAUAAAGAGCAGGAGGAAGCUUUGUCCCUGGACAGGGAUAAUGCCACCACCUCAGAUUAUGUUCUAGAUGCUCAGGAUCUCAAUGAAUUUUUAGAUGAAGCUUCAUCCCCUGGGGAAUUUUCUGUGUUUUUGUUACACAGAUUAUUUCCUGAGCUCUUCGACCACAGGAACCUGGCUGAAAGAUAUAACUGCUAUGGAGAUUCUGGGAAGCAAGAGCUGGAUCCUCAUCGACUUCAGAUAAUUCGAAGAUACACAGAAAUUUACUUUCCUGAUGUGCAGGAAGAGGAGGCGUGGUUGCAGCAGUGUGCACAGCGAAUAAAUGAUGAACUUGAAAGUAUGUAUAUGGAUGGGAGUGAGUGUGAACAGAUGAGAGACGACUGCUAUGAUUCUUCUAGUUUGCCUGAUGAUGUAUCUAUCAUAAAAGUGGAAGACAGCUUUGAAUAUGAAAGGCCAGGAAGAAGGUCAAAAAAGAUUUGGCUUGUGCCCAUAGACUUUGAUAAACUUGACAUUCCCCCUCCCGAUUUUGAUGUUCCUAUCCCGGAUUACCUGUUGAACAAGGAACAAAUUAAAAAUAUAUAUGAAAGCAGUCUGUCCAUAGGAAACUUUGCAUCUCGAUUGCUUGUUCACUUAUUCCCUGAACUGUUUACUCAUGAAAAUCUAAGGAAGCAAUACAACUGUAGCGGAUCACUAGGCAAGAAACAACUUGAUCCAACCAGGAUUAAAUUAAUUCGACAUUAUGUGCAAAUAUUGUACCCAAGAGCAAAGAAUGAUAGAGUAUGGACAUUGGAAUUUGUUGGGAAGCUUGAUGAGAGAUGUCGACGCAGGGAUACCGAACAGAGGCGCACAUACCAACAGCAGCGGAAAGUUCAUGUUCCAGGGCCUGAGAGGAGAGAAUUUCUUACCUAUGCAAUAAACCCAGAAAGAUUCAGAGAAGAGUUUGAAGGGCCACCACUGCCGCCAGAAAGAAGCAGCAAAGAUUUUUGCAAGAUACCACUUGACGAACUUGUCGUUCCUUCUCCAGACUUCCCUGUGCCUUCUCUGUACAUGCUAUCUGAUAAAGAGGUAAGAGAGAUAGUACAGCAGAGCCUUUCUGUGGGAAACUUUGCUGCCAGGCUUCUAGUAAGACUCUUUCCAGAGCUCUUUACUCCAGAGAAUCUCAGACUGCAAUAUAACCAUUCAGGUGCUUGUAACAAGAAGCAACUUGAUCCCACCAGACUCAGAUUGAUCCGUCAUUAUGUUGAAGCAGUUUACCCCGUGGAGAAAAUGGAAGAAGUGUGGCAUUAUGAAUGUAUACCGAGCAUUGAUGAAAGAUGCCGGCGUCCCAACAGGAAAAAGUGUGAUAUACUGAAAAAAGCCAAGAAAGCAAAAAAGUGACAGGCUCUCUAAAUUCUUCAGACUUUGACCUCUAAAUUAUUUGGGAAGAGCAUAUUUUGUUCUAGUCUGGGAGCCUGAUCUUACUAUGGAAUCUAAGGGAGAUCAGCCCCUAGGAAUAUUGGGCGCUAAGAUUGUUACUUUUUAAUAUGUGUGUUGCACAUAUAAGGGCACUGCAACAGUGGGAAGUGGUUUACUGCAUUUGUACAUGAUAAAGACCAUAAGUGAUCAGUGAUGAAGUCACUAAUGACUCAUUAAGAGUAUGACUUUCGCUGGUGCAAAUACAUGUAUUAAGUGUAUUCGUCCUCUCCCCACUUUUGCAUCUUCCAUUUUUAUCACUUUUUUAAUAAUAAAAAAAACUUUUUAAAAAUCAUUGUGCUCUUCGGGGCAGUUUUGCAUUAAACCCUUUUAAACAUCAAGGUUAAAUAAUUUGGAAUCUGAAUUAUUUUUUAACUUGCAAAUUUUGUUUUUGAAAGUGCCAUGUUCAUUGAGAAUGAUUGAAAUAUCAGACUUGCUUACUACAGUAAUUACAGUUAUCCCUUUGUUUUGUUCUUGAUGAUAAUGAAAAUAACACGAGGUCAAUACUGGGUCAAAUGUAAUUUCCUUUUUGACUGUUACCAAUGUAUUAUUUCCAUUGCUAUAAGAACUAAGACUAGAUUAGACACAAUGUGUUUUUACGUUGAGACCGUAGACCUGAUCCUUCACUCUUACUCAUGUAAGUUAUUUCAUUGUCUUCAAUAUGACUACUGGGAACUGCUUCAGUGAAUAGGGUUACAAAACAGAAUCAAGCCCUUUACCAGCAGAAUGUGUUGAUAUUGCCUGUUAGUCUCUCUCUUUUUAGAAAAAGUACUUGAAACAAGGAAUGUAGAAAAACAUUUAAGUCCUUAUUCUUCAUCAGAAUUAUGAUUCCAAAGUUUCCAGUAUUAAAUCAAAUAUUUAAUAAGCAAAAGGUAAAUACAAAGAUUUGAUUCUGUGGUAGAAUUGAAUCCCCCUUUGAGCUGUGGUGAUAUGGUGUGUUUGUGUGAAUACAGCACAACCUGGAGUCUCCGAAUGUCAUAGGGAUAUUGAAAAUUCCUUUGAUUAUCCAAAUUGAUUUAGUGUAAUUAAUAGCUAUCUGGAAAUGUAAUCUUGUAUGAUUAACUUAGGUUCAGAUGAUCAAGAUUGCAUUGUUAAUAUGAUCAGUUAUAAUGAAGAACAUCCUAACUCCAUUCUGACUUCACAGUUUCUGAUCUGUCCUUGGAGAGUGCUGCAUUAAAAUCAGAACCUGAUUUUCCUCUCAAUUACAUUGCUCUAAAGCAGGAUGUCCGUUGAUGUCAACGGUAUGAGAGAAUCAAGCCUUCCAUUAGAUGUUAGUCAUGGCAAUGAUCAUUUAACACUGACCAUCCCUUGAACAUCUUGAGAUUUGUUGAGGUUCUCUGUGGUCCUCUUUUGUUAUUUAUUUAGAUGGGUCAUAGUAUCACAUUUCAGUUAAGCCCCAGUGUAAAUUUCUAUUUUAGCAAUUGUAUUCAACUACAAAAUACUUGAUAUUUUUACUUCAUUUUUUUAGAAUUUACUGUUCUCAGAAUCAUGUUGACCCCUUCCUUUUUAAAAAAAAUAAUAUUUUUUUCUAAUGGCAAGAAUUAGCAGUUAUUUUACAGUGUUAAAGCAGUAGUAAGUCACAGUAGAUAAUAGAACUCACACAUUUUCCCCUAUGUGCUAGCAACAUCCUAAAAGAAUGUAUGAUGAGAGUCUUGAUUGUACUGAAUAAUCUAAUACUGUUUAAAUUCACUUACAUGUUUCCUGUUGGCAUAAGUAAUAGCAGAAUAUGCGCAAAAUGGAUAUCAGCGCAAAUAUGGUUAUAAAUAAAGUGAGAACAUUUUACCAAAGAUAAUGAACUUAUACCACAAUGUCUGCAUCCUACCUUUAAUUUUAGUACAUAUUUUUAGCAAACUGAAUAUAUCAGAAAUGCAAGGUUUUUUAUAAUUAUAUGCUACCUAGCACCUCUUUGUGAACUAUUAUACAUGCGCUUUUAUGGGCUAUAUAAAAUGUCAUGAAAAUGGUAAAAGUCUUUUAAUUUAGAGUUGAAAAUGGCUAGCAUGUAUUCUGCAGCCCAAAAGGUAAGGAAUGUUAUAUGCAGAUUUUCCUUAUGGUUUAUUUAUCUUAAUGUCACAUUUGUUUCAACAAUAAAGUAUGUCAGAUCCUGUUGAGGACUUCAACAUAUCUUAAACUUGUACAUGGUUGGUAAAGAGAUUAUAUGAAUGUAUGGAAUUUUCUACCACAACAUACAAUUUUAAGAUAUAUUGACAUUUUCAAUGAGUUUUGAUAUUCAUUUGGUACAUUUGGCUUCAUAAGGCAACCAAAUGAAUCUAUUUAUAUGACACAAUGAUCAAUAUAUGAGGGGUUUUAUUUAAAAAAAAAUACAUUAUCAAAAAUGGACAUGUAAUAGCUCAACAGAAAUGGUCUUUUUUCUCAACUUCUGGUCAAAUUAUUGUAGUCUGCUUAUAUAUUAUAUAUUCUUCUGAUUUGAUUGUCUUGUUGGAUUGCCUACAAUCCUUUUAUGACCUAGCAUUCUUUUGAAAGGCAGUUUGAUAUAAAGGCAAUAUACACAUGAAAAGUGACAGCUUGCAAAGGAAACUUGUUGAGGUGCAUUUGGAAGUGAAUUCAUCCAAUUGGUCAAGUAAUGAAAUGUAUAUGUUGUUACAAAAGAAAUGCUGGCUCGUGAUUGGCUAUGAACAGACUCAUAAACUGUAAGUUUCUAUUAUUGAACUUUUCUAAGGUCUGUUACUAAGAUCUGGAGUAACAUUAAGCAGUCAGACUGAAUACACAAGUGAGGGCAUCUUGAUUAGCUGCAACUGCUCUAAUGUCAUCUCCCUUUUAGAAUGUUAUUUUAAAAGGACAAACAGUUACUGAUUUCAAACUUAGGCUAUCUGGAGAGAUUCCCAGAUAUUAAAUUAAAACAUUCAGAACAUAUGUAGUCAUACACACACUGAUUUCAUAUUAACUAUACAUGGUUUUACUUCAGUAAAUCCUGUUGAGAUGAAUGUCAAAAGUCUAACUUUAAUAUAACACCUUUGGUAAGUAUUAAACAGCUCUCUCCUACAGUGAUUCUAAAGGAAACAGCAUAGUAUUCAAUGACUCUAUAUUUUCUAGUGUGACUGUCAGAAUUUUCCCAACAGAAAAAAGAACUGCAAGCCUGCUAAGAAAUUAAUGUAGUUAACCUUUUUUUUUUGGGUGUCUCACCAAUUUCACACAAAUGAAACACUUAACUAAGGAACUGUGCAAGGGUUUAAAAUAUAUAUAUUCUUUUCUGAAAUUUGAAGGGGAAAAUGAAACUACUGCUUAGAAGUUCUUGCAGUUAUCCAGGGAAUCUGGCAACUGUAUUAGCAGGGAAAUGCAAAUAGCAUAUUUUCAUGAGAGAAAAAUACUUCCUAUUUGAAAGGAUUACAUUUGAUUACUAUUAAGAGUAAGAUGUAGCCCUGAGCAUUUUGUCAUAAUUUUGUGUUAUUAUGAAUAAAAAAGUACUUGAUCAUCUUAGGAAAAAUGUUCAGAAGCAGUUCUAUUUUUCUAUCUUCAAGUUAAGAUAGUUUGUAUAUCAAUUUUAUUUCUGAGUGCAUUUCUUUUAAAUUCAGCCAAGUCUUGUUUUACUGUUGUGUAAUACUUUUGUAACAGUGGUGCCCAGAGGUCCCAAUCAGGAUCAGGGCACUCUAGUGCUCAGUACUGUACAAACACAUGAAGACAGCACUGCACUGAAGAUCUUGAAAUCUAAGAAAAAAAUUGAGGAUAGUUCAAACCUCUGACUUUAGGAGUAAGUCACUGAAAUUUUGGGAUUGCCAUUGACACAACUUAUGUAUUGUUUGGAUGCUAUAACUUUCUUUUUCCAAGUCAGUUGUUUUCAUUGUUACCACUAUUCAGUUGGCUGCUAAUGCAAGUAUAAACUUUUUCCAUCAGUAUUCCAAAGACACUUAUUUUUUUAAAGCAUGUUUUGGGUGCUUUUACUGCAAAUCUGAACCCUGUUUUUGCUCCCUUCCCUAACUCCAUGCUCCCACAUGAUUAUCAUCCAUUCCUGGGAAUCUCUUCUUCAUGUUGGGCACUACUGCCUGUCCAUGGACACUGGUCCUACAGACACAUUUCAGUUAUGGAUCAGCUGUCUACCAUCUCUCCACCUUGGCACAUAAGGUGUACCGUGUGCUUUCAUUACCUAGCCACAGCAAAUCUGAGGAGAAAACUUCAAGAUCUGCCCUACAGUGCUUUCAUAAACUUCAUUUUGUUUCUCUCGCCCCACAAGACCCAUUCAAAUAAACCUAUCAUUAGCAGUGAGAUUCUUCUUAAUUUCUUAUUAAAAUAAAUUAUUCUAAUAGUAAAAUGUUAGUAAUUAUGUUUGUUUAGGAUAGGAUUAUACAACUCCUAUUCUGAGUAGCUGUCAGUAAGCAUAUAAUUAGUUCCCUCUCCCUACAGAGAGCUGUCCCUGGAUUACCAUGUCUAGAUCAGCAACCCAAAUGCAAAUAAUCUGUAACUAAUAAAGAUAAACCAAGUUCCAUCAUACUCCAAGGACUUGCUUUUUCUAGCUUUACCUCACCUGGUUGCCAGGAUCUAGACUCCCACCUCACACAUCUUUUCAUACAUCUUCCUUAUUCAGAUCUAUAUGCUCUCUUCCGAAGGUGACUUCGUGGUCCUUUGAGACUUGACCUGCUGCUGCAUGGACAGAACUUCUACUUGUCCCAGUUCCUGCCCUAUCGCACAAUGUGACCAUGGUUCAUGUAGCAAUUUUUCUCCUUUAGUAACCAUUCUGAAAGGGAAACCUUGAUUGUCAUUAGAGAAGCAGAGCUUAUAAAAGGGAUCCCCAAGAAGUAGAAUGGCCGGGGGACUGAUUUUUUUUCCUGUGAAAAUUUUUGAUAAAACUUACAUUUGUUUUAGUCAAACUUUUUCUGUGGAAAUUUUCAAAUUUUUAUCUAAAAACCUUUUCAAUUUUCAGCAACCAAAACUGAAAAAAAUGCAAUUGGUCAGGUGAAAUGUUUUGGUAGAAAUAAAGAAAAAGAAAACCUUCAAGACAUCCCAAAAUUUUGUUCUUCGGUUGCUGAAAACCACCACCAAAAAAAAAAAAAAAAAAAAUCCAAACA